CGUGAGCAAACAAAAGGACGCGAGCGACCACUGUUCGCGCGUGGGCAAGACCACGUGACCCCAUCGACUACUUAAGCUUGUGGCGCGCUUUGGGCUGCAUGUUUUGUACUAGUCGCCCGGUUUCUUUCAAGACACAAAACGAGAAGCUUGAAUAAAGAACAACCAUGAGUUCCAUCAGGAAAUUGAAACCCUCUGACAAGACUUCAGAGAACAUCAAGAGCUUCUUCCAAGCCUCCGCUGGUGCCUGCGGGCCGGAGAGGAGAACCCUGCAUGUUCUGCAGCCCUCCGCCGUCAAUAAGAACAUCAAGCGAUCAGCGGAAUCCUCCGCCGGCAUCAAGAACAGCAAGCGAUCAGCGGAGACAGGGAAGGCGGUUCCCAAAAGGAAGCUGUGGAACGCAGAACAAGGGAAGGGUUCUAAGAGGGUGAAGGCGGAGGUUGCUGUUCGUCCCGCAGACUCGGAGAACGACCUUCUCCCAGACGGCGUGUCCCAGGAGGCGUACGAGCUCAUGAUCAAAGAUGCCCCUCCGUCCACGUACUGGAAGGAAGUGGCUGAGGAGCGACGCAAGGCCCUCUACAACACCCUGCAGGAGAACGAGAAGCUCCACAAGGCCAUUGAGGCGAAAGAUGAGGAGAUCGCCGCACUGAAGAACGAGAACGCAGAUCUGCAGGAACUGGCCCAGCACGUCCAGCACAUGGCCGACAUGAUCGAGAGGCUAACUGGGAAGAGUCCAGACAACCUGCAGGAAGUCAGGGACCUGGACUUUGAGGAGGAGGAUUGUGAGGAAGAUGACAGCUGGCGAUCAGAGGAGGAGGACGAGGCAGAGGAGGAAGACGAGGCAGAGGAGGAGGACGAGGCAGAGGAGGAAGACGAGGCAGAGGAGGAGGACGAGGCAGAGCGACACAAUGAAGAUGCGCAGAGUGAGGAGGAGGAUGAAUCCGCACCCUCGUCCACAGAGUGUGAAGAGGAGCACCAAUCUGGCCAAGAGGAGGACUGAGGAUUAAGAUCUGGACUAGAACUUAGGACCAAAACACACACACACACACACUCGGCCCAAUACUAGGACUUGGCAUGGAGGGCCCUUAACAGUAACAAGUGCAAUUACCCAUGUGGUGCAGUGGAGAGAUGUCAUGUUUUUUAUUUAAGUCCUUAAAAUGUACUGUUCCACAUGUUUUUACUUUUUUCUGCUAUUGUUACUGUGCAGUUUUCUUGCACGUCCUUUGUACAUAAGCAUUGUAGUUAGCGAUAUUGUUGCUUUGUACAUAAGCAUUGUAGUUGGCGAUAUUGUUGCUUUGUACAUAAGCAUUGUAGUUGGCGAUAUUGUUGCUUUGUACAUAAGCAUUGCCUUGACCUGUGUACAUGAAAAUAAACUGCCCACUCCUUGUUUUGAUAAA